AUAUCAUAUCCAAAUAAACAAAUUAUAUAUAUUAAAAUUAAAAUAAAAAAAGCACAACCUUAUUCCUCUGAAUCUCAAUUCAUGCGUCGAAGUUUUGCCCAGCGAUUCUUUCAACGUAAAGGUGCGAGAAAAUAAAGAGCACAAAAUCCUUUAGAGAAUCUGCAGUCAAGAGUGGAUAAAGAAAUGGCAUCGAUGUUAACUCAUACCCAUCACAUAUUACGUACCUCCGCUUUCUCGACGCCACGUUCUAGAAGUCAAGGAUUAUUGAAAUCUGGAAAAUCGCUCCAACUCCAACGAUUCAAUUUUCCUAGUAUUCGCAUUAAUCAAUCCUUCAUACGCUGCACAAAGUUAACUCCAUGGGAGCCAUCGCCCGUUUCGUACGCUCCUACUGAUGAUCAAAGCGAUAAUUUCUUGCAGAGUACCGCCGAUAUAUUUGAAACCCUUGAAUCUAGUCAAGUAGCCGAGUCACCAACAGUAAACGCUGAAGGGCUUAUGGAGAAAAACGAUCAGCCAGGCCCGGAGCUUCAGUUUAUCAAGUGGCCGAUGUGGCUUCUCGGCCCUGCCGUUCUCCUUGCGACAGGCAUGGUCCCAACUUUAUGGUUACCAAUAUCUUCAAUCUUUCUAGGUUCCAAUAUAGCGAGCUUACUUUCCUUGAUUGGACUCGAUUGCAUCUUUAACCUCGGUGCAACACUUUUUCUCCUCAUGGCCGAUUCAUGCUCAAGACCUAAACAUCCAACGCAAGACUGCAAAAGCAAGGCUCCCUUCAGUUACCAGUUCUGGAACAUUGUUGCUACCUUCACCGGAUUCAUUGUCCCGCUUGCAACAAUGUUUAUAGCUCAAAAGGGCUUUCUCAAACCUCAACUACCUUCCAUCUCAUUCGCGGUUCUGCUAGGUCCUUAUCUUCUUCUUUUGUCAGUACAGGUUCUGACCGAGUUGUUAACUUGGCACUGGCAAUCACCAGUCUGGCUCGUUACACCUAUCAUCUACGAGUCGUACCGUGUCUUACAGCUAAUGAGGGGAUUAAAACUCGGUGUUGAGCUAAGUGCACCGGAAUGGGUGAUGCAUACAAUUAGAGGUCUGGUUUGCUGGUGGGUGCUUGUUCUCGGUCUGCAGCUCAUGAGGGUUGCUUGGUAUGCCGGGUUAACUGCUCGAGCGCGUAAGGAUCAAACGUCUUCUUCUGAUACUUCUGCUACUAAUGGUAUUGGUGCUAAUUAACACCAUUGUAAACAAAUAGUUAGUUAUUAUGGUUAUUUUCACUGGCCUAUAGUGAUAAAAACUGAUAGUGAUACAUAUUUAAAAGCUAUAUAUACAGAUUAGUUAGAUGCCAGAAUUCUAUUUUUACUGGCUUUUACCUUUGUGCUUGGAUGCAAAUUGUUCCUGUGUCAUAAACUGGUCUCAUGAAUCUUAAUGUCUUUACAUAA